AUGACCCAGCUUCUGGCGCGCACCACCACUCUGCUCGAUGGACGGAAGACCGUGAAGAUGACUGGCCGUGUCUACCUUCGUGCUAUUGUUCCGAUCGGUCUUUUCUUCAGUCUGAGUUUGAUCUGCGGUAAUGUGACUUAUUUGUAUCUGAGUGUUGCCUUCAUCCAGAUGCUCAAGGCUACUACCCCCGUUGCUGUUCUUUUCGCUACUUGGGGUAUGGGCAUGGCUCCUGUCAAUCUCAAGGUCCUGAUGAACGUCAGCGUUAUCGUGCUUGGUGUCAUCAUUGCCUCUUUCGGUGAGAUCCGCUUUGUCUUCAUCGGAUUCCUUUUCCAGCUCGGUGGUAUUGUCUUCGAGGCCACUCGUCUGGUCAUGGUUCAGCGCCUGCUCAGCUCUGCCGAGUACAAGAUGGACCCUCUUGUCUCUCUCUACUACUUCGCUCCUGUCUGUGCUGUCAUGAACGGUGUCACUGCUCUCUUCCUUGAGGUCCCCAACCUUACCAUGGGCCACAUCUACAACGUUGGUGUCUGGACAUUGCUGGCCAAUGCCGUUGUUGCUUUCCUCCUCAACGUUUCCGUUGUCUUCCUGAUUGGCAAGACCUCCUCCCUCGUCAUGACCUUGUGCGGUGUCCUCAAGGAUAUCCUUCUGGUCGCUGCUUCCAUGAUGAUCUGGCAGACCCCCGUCACCCUCACCCAGUUCUUCGGUUACUCGAUUGCUCUCGUUGGUCUCGUCUACUACAAGCUUGGCGGUGACAAGAUCAAGGAGUACACUGGCCAGGCCAACCGUGCCUGGGCUGAGUAUGGAGUUAACCACCCCGCUCAGCGCAAGUUCAUCGUGUUCGGUGCUAUCCUCCUCAUCUUCUUCCUGCUCAUGGGCUCCAUGGCCCCCAGCUACGCCCCCGAGCAAGUUGCCAGCGUCAAGGGUAUGCUCGGUGGUGCUACUGCUGGAAAUGCCUAA